CCCAUCAUUGGUGAUCAGUGGGAGGAAUAGUGCCCCAUCAUUGGUGUCAGUGGGUGAGGAUAUAGUGCCCCAUCAUUGGGAUGUCAGUGGGAGGAAUAGUGCCCCAUCAUUGAUAUCAGUGGGAGGAAUAGUGCCCCAUCCUUGGUAUCAAGUGGGAUGAAUAGUUGCCCCAUCAUUGGUUGUCAGUGGGAGGAAUAGUGCCCCAUUCAUUGGUGUCAGUGGGAGGAAUAGUGCCCCAGUUCAUUGGUAUCAGGAUGGGAAGAGAAUUAGUGCCCCAUCAUUGGUAUCAGGGGGAGGAAAUAGUGACCCCCAUCAUUGGCCAUCAGUGGGAGGAUAUAGUGACCCCAUCAUUGGUUAUCAGUGAGGGCAAUAGUGGCCCCAAGGGCAGGAUUAAACUGAUGCAAUGGGCCACAUCUGGCCCUCUGGUCUGCAGUUUGGAGGACCCCUGGUGUAUAUAUAGUGGAAUAUUAGUGGUUUGGAUUAAGUGAGGAGGUUAUAUACAGUGUAACAUUUAGAGGGUGGGGGGGAAGAGGUCUAUUGUAUAUUUGGUGUUAGUG